GUCAUCAGUGUGCGCCGCACCCGGAAGAGACGUGGCAGCAAAAAGAGUAACAGGAGCCGCAGGAGGGACUGAAGCGACGGCUCCCGGGCAGCUCCCGGGAGACCAUGGGGCUCUGCAAGUGCCCCAAGAGGAAGGUGACCAACCUAUUCUGCUUCGAGCACCGGGUCAACGUGUGCGAGCACUGCCUGGUGGCCAACCACGCCAAGUGCAUUGUGCAGUCCUACCUGCAGUGGCUCCAGGACAGUGACUACAACCCCAACUGCCGGCUCUGCAGCACCCUGCUGUCCACGCGGGAGACCACCCGCCUCGUCUGCUACGAUCUGUUCCACUGGUCAUGCCUUAAUGAACGAGCUGCCCAGCUGCCUCGAAAUACAGCACCCGCUGGCUACCAGUGCCCUAGCUGUAGUGGCCCCAUCUUUCCCCCUGCCAACCUCGCGGGCCCUGUGGCCACUGCCUUGCGGGAGAAGCUAGCUACUGUCAACUGGGCCCGAGCUGGGCUGGGCCUCCCACUGAUUGAUGAAGUGACGCCAGCCCCUGAGGUCCUUGAGACUUCUGGCUUCUCUGAUUGGUCCGACUUCAAUACAAGUAGCCCCUCAGGGCUGGAAGAGCAAAUCCCCACCUCGGUCACUGCAGCCUUCUACAGCACUCCCUCGAGGCCUCCCCCUUCCCCUGGCCGGCCUGAGCAGCACGCCGUUAUCCACAUGGGCAGCCCUGAGCCCCUGACAGCCUCUGCUCCUCGAAAAGUAUACGAUACCCGGGCAGGGGGUCGGGCCGCGGGCCCCCAUGGGGACUGUGAUGAUGACAAGUACCGACGAAGGCCUGCCCUGGGCUGGUUAGCCCAGCUGCUCAGGAGCCGAGCAGGGUCCCGAAAACGGCCCCUGUCCCUGCUGCAGAGGGCGGGGCUGCUGCUUCUGCUGGGAGCCCUGGCUUUCCUGGCCCUCUUGAUUCUCAUGUCCCGCCUGGGCCGGGCUGCAGCCGACAGCGACCCCAAUCUAGACCCCCUCAUGAACCCUCACAUCCGCGUGGGCCCAGCCUGAGCCCCAACUCUCUCUUCCUCACUUCUGGUGGGCAUCCCACCUAGCUGGGAGCAGAGUCAUGGGCAAGGGGUGCUGACUCCCCGUCCCUCUCCUCUCCACUCCAGUCUCCUGAGACACUACAGCCCCAGGGAUGUGAGGGGGCGAGGGCCCUUCGCCUGUGGCUGCUGUGCUCCUGGGGCUCACUUAGGGCCGAGUUCUGUCCCCUGACCUGCUUUUCCUUGGAAGUGUCCCCAGAGCAGCAGCCCACACCCACUCCCUCCACACUUUCUCUCCCUCAGGAAAAGCUGUGGUGUUGAAAAUAAACAACAGACUUUAUUAAA